AUGGUAGAUGGCAUAUGCAGCUACCAGCCUACCAUCUCUCUGCGCAUAUGCCCAAAAGAGCACAUAGCAUCCCCAGACAUGGCGUUGCCCAAGGAAAACUGGACAGUUAAACAUUACAUCCACUUCAUGGCCCCCAAGAUAACCCUCCAGGAAACACAUCAUACCUUUCUCACUUGCGUCCUAGUCGACACUAUUAUCCAAUACAAGGACGUGAUCCUUGCGUUUGGAAGGGAGUGGAUCCCGCCUGUGACUCUCGAGCUGCUUGUACACAGUGGCCAUGGGGGAGCUGCAAAUCGAAACACCUACCUAAGUCCCCCUGGCUGGCUUUCCGAGGAGUGGACUGGUCAACCCAUUCUAUUGCUAGAGUUUGGGACUCUUUCUCAUCAGUCUGGUGAGCCCCCUGGAGCAUCGCCCAGGGAUACACUCACUUUCAGAUCGUUGCGUUAUCGCUCUUUAAAACGGCCUUGGCAGAGGCUUAUCGGGCUAGUGAACUUCUUCGAAGCUGCCGCGAGCCGCCGUGCGGCAUCCCCAUUCAUAGGGAUCCUCCCGCCAGAUGUCUACGAACGUGUGAUCAACUUUGUGGACUACGAGACAUGGAAGACAUGUCUCAGUGUGUGCAGGGUGCUUCGUGCUUGCUGCCUUCGCAAGCAUCGGCUAAUUGAGUCGAAGGCAAUUAUCGGAGGGCCUUUCGAGAGGCAACAAAAUCCCCACAGUCGCCCACAUAUCUCUUUCAUUUUCGAAGACUUGAAGAAGGGGGAGGUCAGGUCCAUGACACAGGUCCUGCGUUGCCAGCGAACGGAGGAGCUGGAAGGAAACUGGAUGCCGAUUGUUGGCAGCAAACGAAAAGCGCUGAUGACCAAUGUGAAUGUGCAGUUCAAGCCGGCACAUCCAGUACAGGUAAAGGGCGCUGUCAAUUAG